AUGUACCCUGAAGUAAGUAUUUCUAAAAGAAUUUUUUAAAUAAAAUUUUAAUUGCUAAAUUUAAAUUUUUUUUAUAAACAAUUGAUUUUUAGUUUUGGCAACGUAUGUUACGGUACACCAACCAAAUGGAAGACAUGUGUAGUUUUGCACAGAUUAGCAGAUACUUUUACAGAGUAACUAACAUAGACUUUCAGAAGUUGUGCUACAAAAAUAUCAUUUGUAGAUUCGAAGGCGAGACUUGGGCAACAGCAUUUUCAAAGUAAGUUCAAAGUUAAAACACUUUGGAAAAUUUAUUGAAUUAAUUUUUUUUUCAAAGUUGAAACUAUGAACAAAGUAUCGAAAACGCUUAAGCGACUGAUAACAUCUAAAAUACCAAAUUUAAAUUUUCAAAAGUAAAAAUGACGAAACUCCAAUUUUUAACAAAUUUAUCUAUAGAAAAGUAAAAUAAUAAAUAAAAAUACUAAGUUUUAGAGCUCGGUAUCGUACAAUAAGGUCCGGAACAAACCACAUUUCUCAAAAUUCAAUUUCUUGUCCUCAUACUGGUUUCAUGGCACUUGUGUUACAACAAAAACAGGUUUUAUUGACCCACAUAGACUUUGGAAACAAAGUUUUCGAACUUUUAGAUUUUAGCGAGUAUGCUGGACAGCUAGUAAAUGUCCAGUUAAUAAACAAGUCAACACAACUUCUACUGGACAUGCAGAUAACGUACGUGUGUAUGACUUGAUAAACAAACGCGUAGUAAAUGUUUACUCUGCACUACCAGAACAACGCUACUACAGUUUUACAUUGUACUACAGUAAUGGUACUCUUGUGGAUUUGUUAAACCAAAAGGAAUACGAAGUUGAAACUAUAAAACUGCCAGAAGAUGUUCAUAUUCGUACUGCAGAUGUUUUCGGCUACAGAAAGUACGUGGGCUUUGUGAAUCCGCGGCGAGAGUUUGUGGUAAUACACAACGAAACAGGAAAGAUGGAUAUUAUAUUCCAAUCUCAGUUUUCAGGCCAUGACAUUUGGCUUUUUGACGAUAUAGAGCAUGUUGGGAGAACAAGUAAGCUUCAAUUUUUUACAAUUUAAAAUUAAAACAGGCUUUAAUAUUUGGGUCUCAGGACUUUAAACUUGAAUUCUCAGACUGCAACAUAACUAUGUAUGCAUUUUACUGCUGUCUUUUAUCUUGCAAAUAACAUUGAAUAUUUAUAUUAGGUUGAGAUUAGAACUUCUUGAGGUCUAAACGUUUUUCUUGACUUUUCAGAACAUACUGAUACUCAAAUUUAUGAUAUAAACACAAAGAAACUCCUUUUCGAAGGUUUUGUAAUUUAUGUUCAGCAAAUGGGAAUUGACGGCAUAGUUUUUUCAAAGUUGGCAAGUAACGUUUAUGUAAGUUUUUUGACGAUUUGUCGGCCAAAAGGAUUAUUUGUAGGUAGAACCUCCAAAUUGUUUCAAAUUUUAUGUUGCUUUUCAAUUUAAAACUUCGAUCUAUACUGUAUUUCUUUCAGUUUGUUAAAUUCAACCGAAAAACAAAAAAAUAUGACGUUUUGGAUCCAGAUGCCGGUUGCUAUAUUAGAAUGUUUCUGCAUUGUCCUAAAGAUUUAUAUUAUUUACCUAUGGUAACUCUCUAUGAGAAAGUUUGUAAGAUGGGCGGUUACAUUAUGGCGCAUUUAGAUUGGUCUAAAGGUAAGCUUUAUAUGAAAAAAAGAAAUGUUUCAAACAAUAAGGUAUCAAAACAAUAUACAGUAAAACUUGAAACUGUCCUUUAAAGGCAACAAAACUAAUUUUCUAUUUCAGGCAGAUUGGUUACAAAAUAUUUUAAGCCAGAUAGAGUAAACGAAAAUAACAUUAAAAACUUUUAUCUCAGUUUCUGCCGGAUCAUCUCAGUUUCUGCUGGAAGUGAAAAAAGCGAGUCCUUCGUACGUCGACGAUUUGAAGAUGUUAUCGAAUCUUAUAGAUCAACUUCGUCUAGUCAAAUCUCAAAGUAUUUUAUGA